CAAACCGAAAGCGUCGCGAACGCCUCUGUAUAAAUCGCGGACUUUUGAUCGCGCGGAAGUGAAGUGCAGCCAAGGAUCACGCUUCCACAUCCUUUCUGUGGUGCGAGCGUUACGAUUCCCUGUGUUUCGAGGUCCUCAACAAGUUAAACACAUAAGUGUUUUUGCAGCCUUAGGGAUACACACUUAAUUUGGAUACAUCAGAGAACUGAGUUCUAAACAAAAGUGAAGAUGCCUUACCACCGACUGAGUAUUUUGGGGCUGUUGCUUCUGUCGUUGGCCUACAGCAAAGCUGAUGUGGGCUAUCAUUACAACAGGCCCACGAGACCCACGGCACCUUCGGCGCCCUCAGGUCCCGGAUCGGUGUAUUCGGGUCACCAGUUCAGUGCCCUGCCCACGAUCCAUCCACUGCCACCGAUCCCGGCCCUUCCUCCACUGCCCACGGCCAGGAUCCCGAUUCCGAGGAGUCGGCCCACAGCUCCGGCCGCCAGCUUCGUCAGUCACUAUCUGCCGCCCAAGCCGGUGGUUUCCACCUACAUCCCACCUCCGGUGGCUGCCCCCAUCUCAUCCAUUAGCUUCCACGGAGCGCCCACUUUCAAGCCCAUUUACGGACCUCCACCGGUGAGGGUUCCCCAGCCCAUACCCACCCUGGCCACGCCCAUUGUGGUGCCGCCCACGGGACCAGCUCCAUUGGCGGAGGGUGGAAAUCUGCGCAUACCCUUCGGCAAGCAGGCCCUGAUUUCUCCCGGGGAAUCGUACGAGUCCAACGGCAGGCAGCUGAAGCAGUAUGCCGUUAUCGAAAUCAUUGACAACGAUGUGGACGAGACGCCGGCUCCAUUCCUCACGGGCUCCAGUUUCUUCGAUCGCUACGGAGCACAUGUAGGCUCGCCGGCGGCGAAUGGGAUCCAGAUCGAUUCGCGGGCCAAUUCCCUGCUCCUCGCCCAGCAGCAGCUGGCCAUCCAGCCGAGAUCCCAGGGAGGAUCGCAGGGUGGCGAUGCCAUAGCCCUGGGAUCGGGUGGACUGGGCUUUGUGCGGCUGCCCAAUGGGAAUGUGUACCUGGGCUCCGGAUCCCUGGGCUACAUCAGUGGCCAGCAGCGGGUGGCUUCCGUCCUGGAGGCUCGCACCCGGUCGGAGUCCACCUCGGAUGCCCUGCACUUCGGCCAUGGUCCCUUGGGCGGAGUGGACAACCUGCUGAGAUUCAAGUAGAGAGGCUACCUUCCUUACCCACACACACACAUCUACAUCUGCAUCUAUGAAAACAUGUAUAUUUUAUUGUAAAUAUGUAAUUAAAACCACUUCUUGUUUGUGUAGACCCUAAGCAUGCUUAAACUAUCUGAGAUUCUUGUACAUUUGUCCUAUGCGAAACAUCGAAACUUGAUCGAAUAAAUACGAAUAUGGUUAAAAACAA